AUGUCUCGUUUAGGCAACCCACGCGAAGAAACUGGGGACUUGAAAAUUUCUCGUUUGGGCAAUCCACUCGAAGAAAAAGGAGACAUGACAAGCGCCAAUUCAAGUUUGCAAACCAGUGCUAUGAUGUUGAGAUUUUCAGGGAAACCUUUGGGAAAGAUAGGGGAACCAUCAAAGGUGGCCAGUAACACGACUGAACAGACUGAAAAGAAAAAUGCAUCCUCCAAAUCCAAGGACAUGAAAAUAAAAGAUAGGAAGUCGAAAGAGCAGAAAAGUAAAAGUGAUGCUCGUGGUGGAUCAGCAAAAAGCAUUUCAAAGGCGAAUGGUGUUGAUCUAAAGGAAGAUGAGCGCAAUCCAAUCGUGGAUGACUUGGACAUGGAAAUGGAUGAGCACGCUAUUGCCACUUUUCGUGAUCUCUUUAACACCCUGGACCAGUCGAACACUGGCAUCAUCACAGCUGACAAUCUUUAUGAGGAGUUGCGUCGUGUUGACAGCGAGAUCACAUUCAAUGAGGUGUCUGAGAUACUCAGGAAGGCUGACAAGAAUAAAGAUGGAAACAUCGACUUUGAUGAGUUCCUCUUUCACAUGACACACAUGGAAGGGGAUCAUCUGGGACCAGAGCAUGCUGACGAAGAAACAAAGCAGAAGUACAAGAGGAGAAAGCGACUUUUCUAUUCCGCUAUCACAAAAUUCUCCAUCCGCCAGACGCUUGCAGAUAUCGAGAAGACGUUCCGCAAACAGGCGCCACACCUGAUCAGCCACUACACAGCUGGUGCACGCCUCAUUGGUCUCACCACACGCCAGCUCGAACGGCAGAUGAAAAAGAUGCAGAAAUCAUGUGGGAAAAAUGACUCCCCAUACGCCAAGCCCUUGCAGUUUGUCCACAUGGGGGCGAAAAAGAUAGUACAUAGAAAGAAGAUUUUAAAGGAUAAGUCUUCUACGCGCGAGCAAAGCAAGACGAUCGUGAGCAACAGUGGUGAAGAGGAGACAGACACUACUGUGGCAAACCUAAGCAAGGAAAUCAAUGACACAAUGCGCCUAUUUGCAGAGCAAAAGGACAAUGGCUUCCCAAAACUGCACAAUGCCAACCUUAUCAUGGAACUGAGGCAGAAAAUCGGCACUGUGAAACUGAAGAUGCAGUCAAAGAAGAACAAAGCCCAACCCCAGGCCCAGACCCAGCCUGUUUCGACAGAAGCAACAACGCCAAUUCAGAACACGUGUGCCACCAGAGUGAAGCCAACAACGAUGGAGCGCCGGAGAAUAAAAAUUGUGGAUGAAAAAAAAAGCGAAGAGGUCAUGAGCAACCGAAAGAUGCUGUCCAUGAGUGCGCCCAACGGCAGAAAGUACAACAACAAGCACUCACUGGCUAUGGGACUUGGCUGGACCACCCCCCGUAUCCAGUACAUUGACGUGGACCUACCCAGCCUGAAAAUGUCGCAAACUUCAGAGAAACCAACAUUUAAUGAUCUUCACACAAUCAGGGCAAAGGCCAAAGAAGCCAUUGAUGCGUACUACCACAACCUGCGGCAGACAGAGAUCAGAAACGCCUGGGACCACUGGGACCGACUCUAUGCCGAUGUUGUCCUGCCAAAAAAGCUGCUUCGAAACUUCCGAGAAGUCUACAGUGCCUACUCGCCUCAUAGAGAGGAAGAAGCCUUUGUGGUCUGCCCCUGGAAACCCGGACCUUUCCGAUACAUCCGUCACAUGACCAUCCCCCCGACAUCACAGGACGUGGGCAAAGGCGUGGCCAACGCCAUGAAAGUACCGCCUAGGAUGAAGAAUCGAGGAAGAUUGGUUAUCAGGCCCUUAAAGAGCAUGUCGGUCACCAAACCAUUUGGGCGGAGCAGCUCUGCCCUCAUCAGAAACACGCCCAGUCCUGUUAACAGACCAGCAUCUAUGAUGUCUAACUAUGCUUAACUAACUACGACU